ACAGUCACAGCCGCCACUAGCCGCCACUUGCCACCCGAAAUAUUCGACAAUGACUGCUUUGCCUCCCGUAAAUGAGGUUUUGAACUCGCCCACUGAGGCGAACGCCAAGAGCCUCUACUCCCUGGUGCUCGAAGCCGAAGCAGCUGCAUCGGGUCAUGAACAGAACCUCGUCCGCUCCCGCAUUCUUGGCUACCUCAUUCUUCACCCCCUUGGAGAUCAGUCCCGUGCCCGCGUCCUGCUAGAAAUCGCAUCAUGCAACCGGAAUCAUGACAAUAGAAACGAGGUUUUAUACCAACUUGGCGAGUUUUAUCUGCAGCAUUUCAUUCGCCCUUUCAGAAAGACAAAGGGUCCGACGCCUGUCCCUUCUAGCCACCCAUCGAGACCGUCAUUUGAUCGACUACAGGAAAGUAUCAAGGAAGUCCUGCAACACAGUCCUCAGGAUCAUAAAACAGCUAAAUCCAGUGCGCUGAUCAGGGAUGACUUCCGCUGCAUGGUCACUGGCGCAGUAGACCGCGCCAGUGCGAGGAAAUACAAGAAAGUGGCAGAGCAGGCUGUUGGAAAGCGGAUUCUGAAGACAGAAUGCUGUCAUAUUUUCCCGGAAUCUACCAACAACCUUGAUGGCAAAGUUAGCGACAAGGUCGACUACGCAGCCGGAGUAUGGACUGUCCUGGAUAUGUUUGGCUACCGGGAGAUUCGAGAGGAGCUUGAGGGAUCCAAAAUUCACCGUCUGGAAAACAUCAUGACGCUCACUACAGACAUACAUGACAUGAUGGACUGUUUGGAGCUCUGGUUUGAAGAAGUUAAGGACAAGGAGAAUUGUUAUCGCAUACAAAUCAGGGGUCCAGAUCCGCAACUGUUCAUGAAAGGCGGGGACAUUCCAUCGCAGGUGCAAUUUGUCGCACAUCAUAAUUUACCUCUCCCAAGUCCGAAGUAUCUUCGCAUCCAUGCGGCGUGCUGUAGAGUUGCACAUUUGUCGGGAGCUGCGGAGUACCUUGAUAGGGUCUUGCGUGAUAUGGAGGAGUUGCCUGUUCUUGCAGAGAAUGGUGCAUCAGCUGAUGUCCUCGCCCAUGCUCUUCUGUAUCUUGUGCCUCCCGUUUAGCGCACCGUACCCUUACCAUGGUUGGCUGCACCCAGCAGCGUAUAGUGUACUUAACGCACAAAAUAAUACACGUUAACCAGCUCUUCCCACUUUCGC